UCUAGCUUUCUUCCCAGUGUUGGCUGACUUAGAGCUCAUGUAAACUAGUGGCAAUUUCUGAUCCCUCACUCAGGCUUUCUCCCUUUCAGUUUCUGAUUCCCAAGUCCUCAUGUCAAGGUCUUCCAGACACGAGAUCUCCUCCUGAGUACCUGGGCUGCUGUCUUUUGUUUUCCCCUUGAAAAAGUUCUCCUGAAGAAGUUACUCCGCACACAGAUAAAACCAUGGACCUCGUUGGGUUUCUGAAGUCUCAGUUCCUGUGCCACUUAAUAAUUUGUUACAUAUUCAUUGUGUCCGGGCUGAUAAUAAACACUAUCCAGCUCUUUACGCUUGUUCUCUGGCCCAUAAACAAACAACUCUUCAGGAAGAUCAACUGCAGACUGGCCUAUUGCAUUUCCAGCCAGUUGGUGAUGCUGCUGGAAUGGUGGUCAGGUACUCAGUGCACGCUCUACACGGAACCCAAGGAUUAUGGCAAGUACGGGAAGGAAAAUGCCAUCGUAAUCCUUAACCACAACUUUGAAAUCGACUUUCUCUGUGGUUGGAACUUUUGUGAACGAUUUGGGGUCUUGGGGAGUUCCAAAGUCCUGGCUAAGAAAGAACUUUCCUAUGUUCCUGUAAUUGGAUGGAUGUGGUAUUUCUUGGAAAUAGUAUUCUGUUCCCGCAAGUGGGAAGAAGAUCGAGAGACAGUCAUCAAGGGUUUGCUAAAUCUUCGGGAUUAUCCUGAAAACUUCUGGUUUCUGAUUCAUUGUGAGGGCACCAGAUUCACCCAGCAGAAGCACCAAAUCAGUAUGCAGGUAGCAGAAUCUAAAGGCCUGCCGAAACUCAAAUACCACCUGCUCCCGCGCACGAAGGGAUUCGCUGUCACUGUGAAGUGUUUAAGAAAUGUAGUUGCUGCUGUGUAUGACUCUACACUCAAUUUCAGAAACAAUGAAAACCCAACACUCCUGGGUGUCUUAAGUGGAAAGAAAUAUCAUGCAGAUUUAUACGUAAGAAGGAUUCCAUUAGAAGAAGUCCCAGAAGAUGAAGAGCAGUGUUCCCAGUGGCUCCAUAAACUCUAUCAAGAGAAGGAUGCCUUUCAGGAGGGAUACUACAGAACAGGAACAUACCCUGGUACCCCCAUCGUGCCACCUCGGCGACCCUGGACUCUUCUGAGUUGGCUUUUCUGGGCUCUGCUUCUUCUUUACCCCUUGUUCCAACUGGUGGUUAACAUGAUCAGCAGCGGCUCAUCGCUGACGCUGGCCAGCUUUGCCCUUGUCAUCUUUGUGGCAUCUGUUGGUGUUCGGCGUAUGAUCGGUGUGACCGAAAAACAAGGUUCUACCUACGGAAACAACAGCAGCAAGCAGAAAACAAAAGUGAUUGAUUCAGGGACUGCUUUCAUCCAAAGGGAACUUCAGAAACUCUUGAUUCUCCUCAAUAGGACAGAGUGAUGAAGGUUGGAUGAGAGACUACUGGGGAUAUAUCAAAGCACUCUCCCUUCUUGGGGGGCGGGGCUUGGUCUCAAAGCCAGAUGGGGAAGAAGAUGUAUUCUUAAAUCCCCUCUCCUAACAUUUUUUAAGCGGGUUUUUCUUUCUUUCCUCUGUGUGUGUGUGUGUGUGUGUGUGUGUGUGUGCGCAUAUGUGAGCGUGUGUGUAUGCGUGUAUGCAUCCAUAUAUGCAGAAGGCCUAUGUUUUAUAAUAAUCCAAGACAUACUUUGGGGGUGGGGUAGGGAAUCCCUUUUGUCCUUUGGUGCUGAGUUUUCCGUAACCCUCUAAAAGGUUACCAGGAAUGGCGUAGAGAGUGCUUUUACAAAGAGGAUUAAAUUAUGCCUCCAAAACAAAAAUUAACAUGUAUGUCUGGCACAUCUGUGGUAUAUGUUUACACAGGCCUCCUUCACUCUCUCCCUUUUCUCUCUUCCUGGCAUGGCAUUUUUGUGAUCUUUAUUACAAGGUAAUUUGGAGACUGCUUAGGCAGAGAGAGCUAUCAUGCCUGCAGACCAUGAAGCCUUCUAAAUGAGGUAGAUGACCAUAUAUGUCAACAUCCUAGAUGAAAGGAUGACAGUCUAAGAGUCUGGACUGAUGGACAUCCAUACCCAAUAAGUAAGAACCUGUAUACAUCUGGAAGGGAGAAUGAAUAGAGGAUUUGGGGGAACUGCGUGAAAGCUUUUGAAUGGCCAAAAAAAAAAAAAAAAGCCUUUCCUUUCUCCUCUUUGAUUCCUGGGUUACAUACCCAUGGUGUUUUUGCUGCUGUGAUUUCUCUGGUAUCCAUCCUGUUUUGUCUCCAAGUCAGCACCAGCAUGCCUGUGCCCUUCUCAUCCUCAAGACAAAUAUAAUACAAUGACCUGGCACAUCACUACCUUUUGUGGGUGUUCCCUUGUCCAUGGCAUCAGCUAAUGAAAUGCAAAACUGAAUACCAGUGCAAAUUCAUUGGCACAAUCCAGAAAAUCUCAUCGAAUCAUGACUUUCACUUGAUUAAAAUGCUGUUUAGCCUUUUCUUAGGUUUUUGUUUGUUUUUAUCAUCAUUAGUAGCUCUCACUGAACUACCAAGAUUCUAAUCUUGAUCAGGGCAAUGGUCUCUCUUAUGUAACUCCUAAUUUAUUUUACCAAAAGAUUGUGUCCAUGAGACCUUGGGGCAGAGAUGUCCUGUAUGAAGGAUCCCAUGCUUGGUAGCCAACAUAGCAACUGGUAGAAAAAGCAAUAAUUUACCCCAAAGAGAACUGUUUUAUAUAAGAUGGGUUCCUUUAGGGAUGGCUGUACUUUGGGUUUGUGACACUGAUGCCACACUCAGUUUGGUUUUUUAAGUAACAGAGAUGUGUAUGACUUCGGCCAUUUCUGGUUAGUCAUCUGGGAUUUCUUUUUCUGGACACACACCCAACAUCAAGCAUUAAUGCAGGUAUUGGAUCCUUAGACAAAUAGGAGUUUAAAGGCUCAUUCUGUUCAGAGAGCUCUACUUUCAGACAACCUGUUUCUUAUUCAGUCCAUUAAUAUUUAUUGAAUGUGACAGUAUUCUGCGGUGCAGAAGACAGAGACCUUUCCAUUUAAAGAGCUUUUGAUCUAUGAGGAAGAACAAAAUAUAAAUAGAUUCAAGCAAGCAAGAAACAGGACUGUCAAUGAGGCCAAUUUUGUACAAGUCUUGCGCAGUCAUUUUCAUUAUUUUAUGUCACACCCUUGUGUGUAUAUAUGUGUACACUAAGGGCAGAGUGAUUUUAGGAAAUAAAAUGCUUCUUCCUCCUCAUUUUCUGAUGACUAGAUUACAGUAUCAUGAGCCUGAUCGUGAGCUGUUUUUUUAAACCUGCCUUUGAACAUAAACAAGAUGGAGAACGUGCUGGGAUAUAUCAACGGUAGUCAUUUUUAAUACUGGAUGUGGUCUGGACCUUUCACCAUCUUUUACCAUCCAUCCCCUCAAUCCUUGACAACUUGAGAGCACAAAAUACUGUCCCAUCUUUAGAAAUUUUUUUUCUUUUAAGAGAUUCACUGGAUUGGAGGGGUCUGUUUAAAUGUUUCUUUUCUGAGUUAGGGAACUCUAGAUUAAGACUCUCCCUUGCUUCUUAAGCAUGUUUGUUUGACAUAAUCAUCUUGGGUAAGCCCUGUCCAAGGCUUGCUCACAAAGCCAGAGAUAAUGAGGAAAAGUAAUCAAAUGUUUGUUGAAACCUAGUUGCUAAUUAGCUGUAAUAUCUGGGUUCUUUUAUAAGUUGAAGAUGGGAAUCUAAAACUUCUAUCUAUGUAUCUAAAAUGUAUAAGUAGGCAGGUAUAUCAUAGUGAUACAGUACCUGCUUAGUUAAGAGAUGAUGACUAGUCCUGUCCCUAUAGCUAAUCAGACACUUAUUUGGAAAACUUGGAAAGGAAGCUUAUCCUAACAUUUCUGAAGGUGACUUGUUUUGUGGCAUUCCCUAAGAUGAAAGUGGGCAAAAACAACUUCUCUUGGGCACUGUUCAGUACAGCCCACUUUCACUUUCAAUAGUGGCUAAUCUCCUAGUCACUGGCACCUCUUUAAAUGCUUGCAGUAGCCAUGUCCAUAUUUAUAAAUGGAAAGUUAAAUUACUGAGAAAAGACAAUUUAAACAGCAAAUAUAAAGGUAUGUCAAGAUUUAGAGUCCUUCCAUUAUUUAGAAAUGUAUGACAAGCCUGACUGACCCCCUAUGAUGGAGUUCACAGUAAAGACUUGCUUAUCCUUCUCCUAAUAGAAGGCACCAUGAUGUUGGAGAAUCCAAAAAAGGACCUAUUUGACUACAGGAUAUGCUUUUUUAUUUAUCUUUAAAUUUGAAUAUGCUGAUGUUUUAGGGAUUUAUAAACACUUCAGCAAAAUAAUGAAGCCACACUGUGAAGAAUCUGCCUCAGGAUAAAGGAUCAUAAAUUUCGAAGCUGGAACAUGACCUCGGAAGCCCAUCUAAUCCAGUCCCCUUAGUUACGGAUGAGGGAACUGUGACCCAGAAAGAGCUGGAAAAUUGAUAUAGAUUGCCCCGCUCGAGUCUUUUUACUCCUCCAUUCUCUGCUAGAUUUAUCUCAGAUAAAAGUAGUAAUUAGUCUCAUGAUCACAUUCCCCAGGUGGGAUAGAGAAUUAAGAGCCUGUGUGGCUAUCGGCCUACAUAGGAAAGAAAAAGUCAAAAGUCAACAUAAGCUAGUGAGUCUUAAAGGACUUUUUCACUUAGUUUGUUAGUUAUGUGAAACAGAAAUUGAAAGUAUGAUCUAGGGGGGCAGCUAGGUGGUGCAGUGGAUAGAGCACCGGCCUGGAUUCAGGCGGACCUGAGUUCAAUUCUGGUCUCAGACACUUGACACUUACUAGCUGUGUGACCCGGGCAAGUCACUUAACCCCAAUUGCCCCACAAAAAAACAAACAAAAAAACAAACAAAAAAAGAAAGUACGAUCUAUCUACCAUAAUCAGAGUUGACUAUAUAUUGUUACCCAAUCCUUCUUUUCCUAAAGCUUUUGGUGAAGUGUGUAUAAUCCUGCCUGGGAAGGUACUUGCCAAAAUGUAAUAAAAUUUUUCUGGUUUACUGUAUUAAAGCCGUUACAUAUUGUGUCUUGUUAGGCAUCAGUUGUUAUCCUCCAUAAGCGACUGUGUUUUACAAUUGCCUUAACAAAAGUAGUCUAAUUUUGUUUACAAGGGAAAAAUAAAAACAA